AUGCUUUGGUGGUUCGAAAUCAGCUCUUCCGAGUCGUACCCAACGGGGGAACAUGGGAAUUUGGCCCAAUUGCGCACGCGCCGCCGCGCGGAUGCAAAAUGGCGGCACAACGAGCCGCUUCCGUUCAGUAGCCGGCGAGUGCGUCCGAAAUUGAUACGUCACGUUGAACGGAAGGAGAGAGCGUCGGAAGCGUCCAGGUCGGGGGGGAUGUUCUCACGGCACGGCCGCGACUUUCAAAUGGCAUUUGACGCCUCGACGAGAGAAUAUUAUGUCCUUUUGCCUGCGGAUGGACGAAUUGAGCGCGGCCGAUUUACAUACGCGCGGGAUUUCCUUAUAAUUGCGGACGAGCCGGACCCGUCGCCCCUAUCGGUGUCUGUUCUCGUGAUUCUUCCGCCGCAGAGUUAUGUUCAAUGGCACUGCCGCAAUUGCUGGCAAUGGCCGAUAAACAAGAGUAAAGUCGGGACCGGCGUGGCGCGGUCGGUUCCAAUAAAAUUCGGGGUUCAAUGCGCCUGUUGUUCCGCUGCGCGCGUACUGAUUGUCGAAAUUGCAUCCUUUUCAACGGAUUCCUUUCCCCCGCGUACCGAUUCUCGUGCCGUGGACGGUUUAAUUGCGACCGUUAUUGUGUUCGAGACGGGCGGCGGACGUCGUGCUAACUUCCCGAAAGGCGCGCACGAUAAUUGUGCAAUUUCGGGUCUUAACUUAUCCAACAAUGUCCGACUG